AUGGAGAAUGCUGCACCUGAAAACACGAGCGACGAAGAAGACAAUUUCCUCAUCUUUCUCCUGCUAAAAGGAGGCUUGUUUCUCCUCAUCUUGUACGUUGUGUGGAUAUAUGUGGACUUCAACUACGACCCAAGGCCAAGGCUGGUCUCCAAGAACUCGUCGUUACGACCGUACUUUCUGCAGAAGUGCCUCGGGUUGAGAAGCCCUUUCGUCCCAACCGUCUGGGCGUUCAGUCCGCAUGUCCAGACGGCCUUGUCGACGGUAGUGUGUCCGGCUACGGUGCCGCGGAUUGAGCGGGAGUAUCUUGAGAUGAAGGACGGUGGAGUGGUGGCGCUGGAUUGGGCUACCUUUGAGGAGAAGGCGGUUAACGAUCACCGGGACGUUGUGAUUGUGGUCUGUGGUUUUGCGACGACCGGUACUGCCGUAGCGAGGAUCUGUUACGCCGCCUGGAGCCGGGGUUUCCAGCCGGUGGUGUUCAGACAGCGCGGGUACACCGAUGUACCUCUCACAACCUCCCGCCUUCAGAGUUUCGGCGAUCCCUCGGACUUCCGAGAGGCCUUGAAAUACGUCCGAGCGACGAACCCGGGUUCUGAUCUCACCGCGGUCAGCCUGAGCACGGGGUGCGGGGUUCUAGUCUCGUACCUGGGUGAGUACGGUUCGUCUUCCUACCUCACAGCAGCGGUGUGUAUCUCACCAAUCUACUGCGCUGAGACCUUCUUCUCUUUCCGGGAUAUCUCUAACAUUUACCGAUGGAUAUUGCUACAGGGGCAAAAGGUAUUGCUUCUCUCGCACGUGUCUUGCCUACAAAAAGUUGACGCGUUGGAUGGUACUUCAGCACUAAGGACGGGGUCAAUGGCGGAGUUUGAGGAAAUGGUGUUUGCUAAAACGAACGGGGUUCACACGAUGGACGAGUAUUGGGAACAGAACGAGCCAAUGAGAGAGAUAGACGAAGUGGCUGUCCCUCUAUUGUGUAUCAGUAGUAAAGACGACCCACUAGUGCCUGAAGAGAGCAUCCCAACAGAACUGUUCCUAACCUACCCUCACUUCUUCUUGGCGCUGACCGAGAGGGGAGGGCAUUGCGGGUUUUUCGAAGGAUUCCGACCAGAGACCAGGGCCGAAAGAUUGGCUUUUGAACUUUUGCGGGCUGCACAAAAACUUAACGUGGCCGCCCACGCAAACGGGAAUGGAAUUAUGCACGAGUCUAUCGUGGUUACACCGAUGAAGGUUAGACAUCCAGAAAAAAAGACUUUGUCAGAGAUUUCAAACUUAAAACUAUUGACACGCAAUUGGAAACGGUUGGAUGUCGGCCACACCGUUACCUGCUCUCCUGGCGCAAGAUUGCGAGGCGGUGGUAGCGGGGGCGCGGGGCGCGUCAACCCAGGCCCCAACAUUUCUGCCGGCUGA